AUGGACCUCGCUGAGAUGUCCGCUGAACAACGCCCUGUCGGUUCACCCUGUGAUGAGGAUGUUUCUAGACUCCAGCUUCAGGAGCUACCACUGACCUCUGGCAACGGCACUAUUCUGUGCGACGUAUCCACCCCCUUCCAUCGUCCAUUUGUGCCACCAUCCCUCCGCCGCAAAGUGCUCUCCGACCUGCAAAAUCUGUCUCACCCUGGGAGUCAAAAUACCGUCAAGCUGGUUUUCCACAGCUUCGCCUGUUCUGGGGUGCACAAGGAAAUGAAAGCAUUGACACGGGCGUGUCUCGGCUGUCAACGGAGUAGGGUCCAACGGCACCUUCCCUACUUCGGAUGCACGGUUCAGUCAUGUCCACCUGGACAUCAGAGGCCCCUUGCCUCUGUACAAUGGCUGUUUCCAUCUCCUAACCUGCGUAUAUCAAUUCAUCCGGUGGCCAGAAGCUAUCCCUCCGCCCAAUGUCGCUGCUUCAACAGUCAUCAAGGCCUUCCUCAGCCGUCGGGCUGCCAUUUUCUGAAUCCCCCCACUACCAUGCCUGACCGCGGUGCCCAAUUUGAAUCUAACCUCUUCCGGUCUCUUCUUGCCUUUUUAGGCUGUACUCGAAUCCGGACGACAACCUAUCACCCGGCAGCCAACAGAAUGGUCGAGCGGUUUUACUGCCAGCUGAAGGCUUCCCUACGCGCCGCGGCUGAUUUGGAGAACUGA